CUCAUUUCCUCUACUGCUGCUGCUCCAUUCGAAGUUCGCUCAGGCAUCCGCUCCAAGGCAUUGUGCGACCUUCGUUUCCUUGCAUAAGAUAGAGAAUUGAGAAAUAGUUCUGAAUAAUGCCCUUCUCUUUUCUCCGUCUUCCAUCACCGACACACUUGUCCCGCAUGUUUAGACAGCUUGAGCAAGAUGUAGAAACUGUAAUUAAUGUGCUGCAGCCUGGCCCUUUGGGCAUCGUGGAGCACAAGUACUCAGCUACGGAGGUGCAGGCAGCAAAGGACACUGUCCACAGAGCAGUUGAGACUUGGCGUAAAAAUGCUGCCCUUGAAAGAAGUCUCCAGGUUCACAAGUAAAAUAAAAUUGUCAGUGAUUGCUGUGAGUUACCUGCUUCUAUGUUCCAUCCAUAAUUGAUUUUACUGAUCUGUUAUCUUCAUGAGAUAAUGCCCCUUGGUUUAUUAAUGUAUGAAAAUCUCUAUUUGUAUUGCUUUCUAUGGAACAUUUUAGGGAAGCAAAUGGUUUUUGGUGGUUUAUGAUGAAUUCCUUUUAGAAUUCACUAACAAUUUGUUCAGGCUCUUUACAUAUGUAUAUGAUAAUAUAUAGUUCUUAUUGCGCAUCUUUGUUUUAUAUUUUUCA